GGAAUAACAUUAUAACCCUGUCCCCUGGUUUCAACCCUUAGCCUAGCCUACUUUGCACCCACAGCAUGGACAGCUACGCAUAUGUAUUACAUUUGGUAAUUAAGCAAAUUAUUUAGUAAUUUAUAUUCCGAAAAUGAAAAAGUGAAUGAGGGGAAAUAAAUGUGGGGGAACGUGAAAAAAAUGAAGUGUGUGACACCUGCAGCAACCGCAGCUUUCAAAAGAGAUAAACAAAUGAUUGUCACACGUGAUUACGUACAUUUCGUUUUCCUACUUUGCGUGAAGACGUAGACGCUUUUGAUCACAUGCUGUUGUGUGCGUACGCGGCGGAGGUUGGUGCGAAGAUGGCGGACGAAGAGGCCGAACAGGACUGCAGCGGACAGAGCGGCUGUAGUGCACUGAUAGGGGAGCUCCGUGGACGGCUGGAGGAACUCUCAGCUGCUUUGAAGGACAGUGUGGAUUCUCCUUUGCAGUCUGCGACACUUUACUGCCAAGCAUUUUGCCAGACGCUGGUGGAGUACGCAGGCUGCUGGAGAGUUGAGGAGAACCCACUGCCCCUGGUGGAGGUCUACGCUACAGCUCUGCUCAGCUACGCCCAGGCCUCCACCUUUCUCUCCACCCAUUGUGAGAACGUGUCUUUAGUGCCAGAGAGGCUCUCACUGAGCUAUUUGGAACUUCUGUUGUCACUACCAGACAAUGUUCCAGAAUCCCUUUGGCAGCUGUUCCAAGCUUCUGUGCAGUCAGCCCAUGACCUGCUGCAGAAAAAUGGCAUCGUACAGCUACACAUGCUGUCCUGCUUGUCCAGGGAGACCGGUGUGUGGAACAACCGCACGCUACAGAACAUCCUCUCCAACGAGGCGCCGGACACUGAGAAAGUGCACGCCUUCCUUGCUCUGGAGGGACCCAUUCUCUUGGAGAUGAGGAUAAAGCAUCUGAUCAAGGAGAACCAGCGGAGCAAGGCAGCACUGCUGGCAAAGGCCUGUUCUGAGUGUCCGGAGUUCGAGGGGAAGGGGCACUUCAAACAGAUGUAUCUGGUCAGCCUAUGCAGCGUGGCAGAACAGAAGCCCUUAAUGGAGGAGAUUUCAAAGGUAGACUGUCGUGAUGCCUUGGAGAUGAUCUGUAAUUUGGAGUCGGAAGGAGAUGAGAAGGGGGCGUUUACGCUGUGCUCGGCCUUCCUGACAUGCCAGCUCCUCCAGGCAGAGACUUACUGUGCAUGGGAACUGACUUUGUUUUGGAGUAAACUUUUGAAGCGCCUGGAAGCCUCGGACCAGGGUUUCUUAGACCGAUGUCGCCAGAUGUCAAAAUUGUCCAAAACCGUUUUUCACAUCCUUUUUUUCAUCAAAGUCAUCCAGUCAGAGGUCGACGCUGUUGGUCUGCCAGUGUGCAUUGAAAUGUGCAUAAAGGCUUUACAGAUGGAAUCUGUGGAUGGGAAGACAAAGGCCACCAUUUGCAAAACCAUUUCAUGUCUGCUGCCAACAGACCUGGAGGUGAAAAGGGCCUGCCAGCUCACCGAGUUCCUCAUUGAGCCUACAGUGGACUCCUACUAUGCAGUGGAGACUCUUUACAACGAACCCGAUCAGAAACUAGAGGAGGAGAACCUGCCUGUUCCCAACUCCCUGCGCUGUGAGCUUCUGUUGGUCUUCAAAACUCAAUGGCCUUUUGACCCAGAAUUCUGGGAUUGGAAGACACUGAAACGCCAUUGCCUUGCUCUUAUGGGUGAGGAAGCAUCAAUCGUAUCGUCAAUAGAUGAACUCAAUGACGAUGAGGAACCAGCAGUUGAGAAUGACAAAGAUCAUGAAGAAUUCAAAGAUGUUACUGAAUGCUUUUUAGACACUACAAAUGAACUGAACGAAAUGACUGAUGAGAAACAGAAGAAACGAGAAAUUAAAAAACUCCGGGAGAAGGGUUUUGUCUCUGCUAGGUUUAGGAACUGGCAAGCCUAUAUGCAGUACUGUGUUUUGUGCGACAAGGAAUUUCUCGGACAUAGGAUUGUACGGCAUGCACAGACUCAUUUCAAAGAUGGACAAUACAGCUGCCCAAUAUGUGCACAGACAUUUGACACUAAAGAGACACUGGAACCACACGUAGCAUCACAUGUAAAGCUAUCAUGUAAAGAGCGUCUAGCUUCAAUGAAAACCACUAGAAAAUUGGCUAAGUCUAAAACAUCUUCACCGGCAGUGGUAGCUCUGAAAUGUAAAACGAGUGAAAAUCAGGAGCGCAAAGCUAAGAUAAAACACAGUGUAAAUGGUGAAUCCCUUCAACCUUACAGUGGAGACGCUAUGGACAUAGGGGAAAAUGGGGCAGCAGCUGAACUGUCUGAGGAAAAUGUGUGUCCUCUACCAAAUUGCAGAAAAGGGUUCAAGUACUUCAAAAACUUGCUUAUUCAUGUUAAGGACCACGGCGACAAUGAUGAGGCAAAACGCUUCUUAGAAAUGCAUAGUAAGAAAGUGAUUUGUCAGUAUUGUCGCCGUCAGUUUGUCAGUGUGGCUCAUCUGAAUGACCACUUGCAGGUCCACUGUGGUGUCAAGCCCUAUAUUUGUAUACAGCUCUAUUGCAAAGCCAGUUUCAACUCUAAUGCUGAGCUGGUUGUGCAUAGUAAGGAGCAUGCUUCUUUUAAAGCUAAGUGCAUGUUCCCUGGCUGUGGGAAGAUUUUUCAUGAGGCUUUCAUGCUUUAUGAUCAUGAAGCCCAGCAUUACAUAACAUUUACAUGCAAAGAUGCGGGUUGUGGAAAGAUAUUUCACUCACAGGCCCAGUUAGAUGAACACCAGGAAGAGCAUGUCCAAAAAGUGGUGGAAAAGGAGAUCAUUGAUGACCACGCUACUGACCAGGCUUGUCAUAGUGACACUACUACACAACAACUUCACGAUCAUGUUAACUCUGUUGGCCAGCACCAACAUGGGGACGAGCUGACUCAGUCCCAAGACACUUCCCAGUGCAGCACAGUAGAUGAUGACUCUCUUCAGUCCCCAGAACCUUUGAAGGUGAAGCAUUCAGUUGAGAACAUUUUGAGGACCAAUUUUGGUCCCAUCUCCGCAGAUGACCCUCUUAAAAUUAAAUCUGAGCCAUCAGAUCCAAAUCACUACCCAUUACAGCAGGUCCCUUUCCCAGACGUACCCAUGAAUCAUCAGCCCAUCAUGAAUGCUCAUCCCUCUCACCAGAAUCCGACUAGACCACAGGAAUCUCAUUCAGGCCCAUAUAUGUAUGAUCAGAUUCAAAGUGUACCAAACACCAUAAUGCCCGCAACCCCAUCAUAUCAUGGUGCUGUUGAAAACUUUCAACAAGCUCCUCUCCCUGAUGUGUUACAGGGGCAUCCCCAGCCUUUCACACACCAGCCUUUCCCUUCCCAAGUGCACAGACCCCACAAUCCUGAUUUCAGAAGACCGGUGCUAGCACCCUAUCAGAAUAUAUCAGCUAAUCAUAUGCCCACUGUGGGACAUGCUCCUAAUUCUGUUGCAGUGCUGCCAGGAAAUCUCCCACCAACUUCCCAGGCUCUUCCUGCGCGAAUGGCUCCACAGUCUCUGAACGAAAACUGUACCGUCAACCAAAUGGUGCAUCCACCUGGCACCAAUGGUCAGGCCCAGCCAGAGGUGGAGAAAGAGAGACACCGCUGUGCUUUUGAGUCAUGCACUCGAACUUACAGCUCAUACAGGAGUGUAACCAAACACAUGAAGGCAGUUCAUCCAGAUUUUUAUGUUCAAUGGAAGCUCGAAAAGAAGAACAAUAGGGUUUCCACAAUUGUGUCAAGAGGCUUUGCUGCCAAUGGUGACUCAAAUUCGUUGCCUCACUCACACCAACAAGGUGGACACAGGGCUCCUCUUCCACCCCAGCAGAUGAAAAAUGCUCUUGGUCAGCCACUGCCUUAUUCCACUCCUUGUCACAGCUCCAAUGGUCCUACUGUGUCUUCUCAUGCAGUGCCACUCUCAGGUCAAGGUCAAGCUCUCGCUGCAGAAAUGGACAACAUUUUGAACCCCAUCCUGCUGUCUCAGUUGGGGAACUCUGUUAACCAAAUGGCCCCAUUACCAGCAUCACAUAUUGACACACCAUGGCAUGCUGCACAGCCAGACAAUGUUAGUCAUCAACCACAAAACCAUUGCACUUCUCAGGUAUUGAUGUCAGGCCUACAUGGAGUGCAUAACAAUGCCUAUCCUUCACAUUUGGACACAGCUGGCCCUAGUCAGAGAACAGACAGCCAUCAUCAAAAUAUGGAUCGCUAUUCGUUACAACCACAUGAAAGACUUCCAAGUACACAUAUGCCACCGCAGGUAGCUGUCAGGCAGCAAUUAAUUGAUAACAAAUCUGGAGAAGGAUUUCAUUCCAUUAAUGGACAGUGUUUUUCUGGCAAUCGAAGCGUACCGUUGGAUGCAGUGAGUCAUGUUACUCAGUCAAACAUGGAGAGGGUGAACAACUCCUUGAUACCAUCAAACCUAAGCACAGAUUCUGGGCCUUUCCUGUCCUCAUAUCGGGAGAGUCUGAAUAAUCCUGUUCUCACUGAGCAUCAGAGGGUUUCUGUAGCAACCUAUGCCCAGCAACCACAAACUAAUUCUUUAUCAAAUGUAAAACCUGAAGAAAGAGUUUUGGAAACGCAGGAUAAAACCAUGCCUGACAGCCAUUUGCACGGCCAUUCAAAUCCACAUGGUAGAACUGAGAAAGAUUCCCAAGAAGGCUCUGAUAACGGGGACACCAAACGAAAGCGAAACAAAAGAACAAAGUGGCCUGCUAUUAUACGAGAUGGGAAGUUUAUUUGUUGUCGAUGUUUCAGAGAAUUCCAGAGUCCCAAAUCUCUCGGAGGUCAUUUGUCAAAACGAUCUCAUUGUAAAGCUUUCGAUGAGACCGACCUAACUGCAGAUUUGCCAUCAUCAUUCCUUGAUUUGUUAAAUUCACCACAUAUUAUGAAUUCACCACAGGUUGCCGAAUCUCCACAGUACAAUAUCAAUUUUAAAGACUCUUCUUUUGAGCCCAUUCCCAAAGGUCCACUUGAUCCCAAAUUAUUUCCCAAUGUUAGCUUCCCCCAAGCAAACAGCAACUCUUAUUCCAACAAUGGUGACCAGAAUGGUGAGGUCUUCAAGCAAGUAUUGGAUCAUUCAGCUGCGCCUGGUUUAUAUGAGACUCCUGUGCAACAGCAGGCAUUCCAAAACCCUUGUGGAAGCUAUGCAUCAGAUGGACUCAUGCUUGACAACACAGUAAUACAGCACACAGGGAAUAACCAGCUGAAGACUGAAUGUCAGCCUCAUGGAGAGAACUACCUUCAAUCUUCAGACUCUUUAUUUGGAGACGAGUUAUCUGAUCCUCUUCUCACUCAAUUUCUAUCUGAAAACCAGUCGCUAUCCUCACUCAACAGUCUUCCAACAGACCAGAUUAAUCAAAUACUAAGAGCUGAAACUCUUAUGAAAAUGAAGGAGAUAAAGGAUAAGGCCACCAUUCCCAAUGCAAGUGGUCUCUCAAGUGAUGGGCUCCUGUCAGUGAUGGCCAAUCUAGCUCAAAAUCUAAUGUCUGACCCACUCCAGCUCAUAAACUCUUCUGACUCUCAGCCUUCAUCAACUACAGUUACUGCCCUGUGUACUGACCCACAGAAAGACCGCACUGAACAUGACGUUAAGAAAAGGUUGCGUGAGCAAAUCCUCUCUGGUGAGAUUCAUAGAAGAAAUAGCAAUUCUCAGACACCUAGCGUGGAAUCCAGUUCAAGCUCGAGACCCUCCUCGGCAUCUAAUCAUGCAAAAGGAAUUAAUCCGGUUGCUCAGCCUUUAAGUGGGUCUCAGAUGACCUUUCACAAUCAAGAGAAACUUGAGGUUGAUCAGAAAAGGAUGACCUCUGCAACAGUCCCACCAGUCAAUACUACAACACCUCUGCAGAGUUGCCCUCAACUGGUUGGGGUCAUACAAACCCAUGGGGUGCCUGCUGCUCAAAGUGUUGUGACAGAGGCUGACUCCAAACAGUGUCCUCCUCCCUCUGAAGGCCCAGUUGAUGUCAUGUUUGAUAUUCAGAGAUGUUUUGAAAGAAUGGACUUGGAUAGAGAAGACAGCCACACCUCUGACCCCGUGGAAUCUAAGUCUUCCAUUGAGCCUGUUGGCAAUAACCAGAUCCUUAAUAGUUUAGAUUCAAAUGUCAUUGCUGGUGGUGAUAAAGGUUUGCAUGUCCCCAGUGACUUCCAAAAACCAUUUGCCUGUGAUGUCACAGACUGUCUAUACAAAGCUAUGACAAAAGAUGCACUUUUUAAACACUUCAGCAAGAACCAUAACUACACUGAAGAGAUGUUAAAUCAGGUCAAGAAAAGCUUGAAAUUUGCUCCCUUCAGCUGUCAACUGUGCAGCAAGACCUUUACUCGUAAUUCAAAUCUUCGGGCUCAUUGUCAAGUAGCUCACAGUCUCUCACAGGCGGAAAUGAUAAAACUAAAAAUAAAGCGUCAGUAUAACAAGCGAAUGGAAAGUGCUGAUUUACCAACCUCUCCUCCCAUUCAAAAUCCUUCUACAUUAGGUCCAGGGUAUCAGCAACAGAGUAACUGUCAAUCUGUACUAAACCCAUUGGCUGAAUUGGAGAAAAUCAAACCUGAGUGUCUUUCAGCUCCAUUCGCCCAUGCUACUGCAUCAAGCACCAUGUUAGAUCGGAUACAGAAUAAGAUUGUCCCAGCUGGUUCACACCUUGCCCAACAAAUAACAGUCAAUCAGACAGUCACACAGGCAGUUCUAAAAUCUGAACCAACCUUCACUGGACAGUUCUCAGGAAACCACAUAAAAAUGGAGCAGCAGUCAGCUGGAGAGCAGAUACCUUCACACAGUCAACUCCUGCCUGGCUUGCCAGGUAUAGGGACUUUACCAGCAUCUCCAAAUCUUGGUCAAGUGCCAUGUUCCUUGGCACCUCCAGUGGCUUCCUGUGCUGCUCAGUCUCCAGAGAAAAAACCCAAACCAGCGAAAGCAAGAGUGACAAAGCCCAGAACAGACACUCCCAAAAAGGCCAAAGAGAGAAAGCCAGAGGCGGAUGAUGUAUUCAGCCCGUACAGGCCAUAUCGCUGUGUCCAUCAGGGAUGCGUAGCGGCCUUCACCAUUCAGCAAAACUUAAUCCUUCACUACAGAGCUGUUCAUCAGUCAUCCUUACCCCAAUUUGAAAUUAACAAUGAAGGUGAAGAUGAUCAAGAACAAGCUGAGGAAAAACAUGAGCAGGAAGAUGAGGAGCCAGAGGGUGAGGUCACGCCUGUCACAGAAUUCAGAUGUCAAGUCAAAGACUGCUCGAGAAUUUUCCAGGAGGUGACAAGUCUACUACAACACUACCUCCAGCUUCAUAAGUUCAAGUUGGACAAAGCAGGUGCAUUCUUGUCUAGCAUAAACUUGGGCAGGUUUCAAUGCGACCAGCCUGGAUGCACCACGUAUUUUACGGCUUUCUGGAAAUACAUUGCCCAUAUUGACAAAGAUCACAAGGAAGCCAAAAUGCCAAAGGCAGAGGCUGUGGAAGGUAUGUUUAGAUGUGACGUUGAAGGCUGUGACUGUGUUUACACCACCCGAUCUAAUCUGUUGCGCCACACCAUGAAGAAGCACCAAGAUCUUUAUAAACUCCAGCUCAUGAAUCAAAGAAAAAUUGAUGAAAGAGUAAAACCAAUUUCAAGAAAGCCACAGUACAGUGAUUCUGAUGGGAAGGAAAAUAUUGAAAACAACAAGAAAGUAACUCAAAAGGGUAAUGACAAAAAAAGAAAGGAUUCACAAGAAAACCACUGGACGAAAUAUGGUAAACCAUCUUUGAAAGGCAAGGACGAGGCCGCUGCAAUGUGUACAAAAAGAUUCCCGUUGCAGUAUCCAUGUAUGAUAAAAGGCUGUGAGUCAGUGAUGAGCUCUGAGAGAAAUGCCUUGAGGCAUUAUGUUAAGCAUGGUCUAUCUGAAAAAUACUUGGAGGAACAGAGGAGCCACUUUAUUUUCUGCAAGAAAAUCCCUCUGUCCAGAUUCCGACGCAGCUCAACUAGAAGUGAAGAUAGUGAAGAGUCAGAGGACUGUUUCGCAGAGAGCUCUGAUAACGAAGACACUGGUCCAGAUGCAACUGGGUCUGAGUUUUCAAAGCUCACAUCCGAGAAAGAGAGCACAGAGGAUCCUGAAUUCUCCGAUGCAAAGAUGACAACUGAUGGCUCCGACUCUUCUGUUGUGGUAAAACGUAAAAGGGGACGUCCACGGAAGACAGAGCGCCGGCACAUUCCGGAACGAAGGUCGAGUGGUAGGUUAAGAACAAGGAAUCGCUCCGUUAAUUAUGCUGACAAUGGCUCAGACUCGAAUAUCUCAAGCCCUGCCCCAGCAAAUGAGGACAAUGCAGAUGUUGCAGCUAUAAGCUCAUUCAAACCUAUGGGCUUCGAGGUAUCUUUCCUCCAGUUUUUGGAGAAGUCCAGUGGUUCUCCCAAAAGGCGAGCUAGUGAUGAUUCUCUGAGUGACCUUCCACUGAAACGAACGUCCAGCAUUCACCUAAAAAAUGCCACUGUCCUGUGCAAGCGAGCUGACCCUAGUACCUAUUAUUAUAAGAACAUUCAAAGCUACGCUGAAUUCAGAAACCCAGAGAAGCUGGCCUCACUUGGCAAUGUGACAUUUGCAAUUGACAAAUCUUUUGCAGGUGUAACAGAUCUUUUGCUUAAGCAGCUUCAUGAAAUGCGGCCCACUGUCAUUCUUCAUAAAUAGCUCAAAGCUCAGAGACUGACAGACUGACUGAAUGUCUUCAAUAAGAAAUCAGUACUCAGGAUUUGGACAGUAGCAAAUGUGCUGCAGACUGGUGCCCACAAAUUAUACUGUUUAUGUUCCCAUCAUUGUGAAGCAACCUGUGAUAUUUGACCUAACCAUGUUGAUAUGUAAUGAGAUCUUUGAGAACUGUAAAAUAUGGACAUUCAAUCACUAAAAAUGAAUCCUAGAUUAAUUUGAUAUUUAAUCAGGCACUGUAGUUACUGUAUUUAUUAUAGAUAUAUAAUGUAAAGCAUGUUUUUUUUAUUCUCUGCACAUUUUUUUGCCUUGACAUGAUGGAGGUCAUUUGGUUUCAAAGAACUCUUCAUCUUGGCCAACCCCUUCUGGAUGUUAAAAAUAUGGUGUCCAAAUUGGGUUCUGUGGUACUCUGUAUAGGUACUGUAUAGGUGGUUCUUGUUGAAUAAUCCCUGUUAAUGUAUAAUUGUAGAUAGUACUCUUUGUCCGUGUGUACAUAUCGACUAUGAGGCCACUGCAUUCACCAGCAGUCUGCAAUAUGAGAAAAAGCAAAUUUAUUACAUCAUGCAUUUUGUACCCCUGUGUUUACUUCUGUCACUAUACAAAGAACGGAUGUCCAUCUUGUAAAAGCCUUUUUUUUUUUUUAUGGUCUUUUGCCUUCCUCAAAUUAAGAUGUCUUAAAACAUUUGUUUAAAUCACUCAGUUGUCGUCAUUUUUGUCGUCCCCUCUGGUGCAGUUAGAGAACUCUGUACUCUGUUUGAAGUGUACAGCAUUGUCAUGCUUUCAGAUUUGUCAUCCCAAUGGCAAUACACCAGCAUUUUAUAUAUUUCUGAAGACUGUGGUGGUUUAUUUUUUAUUUUAAAUCAAAUGGUUCCAUUUGUAUAUGUAAAACAGUACACACUGGAUGCUUUAUUUGAGAGAUCUUUUAUUAUGUAUAAAAAAGUUUAAAAGAA